AUGGAUGACUUGGUACUUCCUUCAAAACAAUAUCACGUGGAAAGGAGGGCAAGAUCAACGUCUCCAGUGAAAACCCGUAAACAAAUGCCCUUGCACCAAAUAUAUACAACACCCUUAAGAGGUAGUGGUGGAAGUAAUGGUAGUUUAGUUGAUUCACUGGAUAUCCAUUCUAUAUCUUCCAAAACCACAUCACAUUUGUCAGCUGACCAAUUAAAACAGCUAUCCAAAUCUCCAAUCUCCAAAAGACUUCAUGUAUCAACAAAUGAGAAAUAUGUUAUUCCAAUUCCGUUCACAUUACAACUUCCACCAAAGUUAAGUCCUAAGAACUUAUCAAAAGGCGGUGGAGGUGGACCUCGUACUCCAAUUCCGUCCGAGCCUCCAAGUCCAUUAUCUGCCCAAACGUCAAAACGUACUCGUUUGGUAUACACUGGUCAAAAAUAUGAGAUGCUUGAUGAUUCAGAUGCAAAUGAUGAACUUUGCCAAAGUUCUUCAGGUUGUUCACCCAGGAGUUCGAGAUUAACUCCGUUACCUAAAAGACCAACUAAAUUUGCAAUUUCAAAAUCAAAAGUUAAUGUUCCAAUCAAAGAUAAUUUAAGCAUUAUAGAAGAAGUAUCUGUUAAUGGCAGUUCACGUCAAUCAAGUAUUAGAGACUUUCCUCCACCUGUUCCUCCGAAGGAUAUAGCUAAAGAAAUACCCUCUGACAUUGCAAAGUUAAAGCUUUUAGUUCAGCCGCAACCAGUUAAGGCUACUACAACAGAAUUAACACUUGCUACAGUUACUGAAAGAAAAUCUAUUGAAAAUAAUAAUAGUAAUAACAAAAGUCAAUUGUUGAAUCCAUUCCAUACUUUAGAUCCGAACUCUAAUAGCAAUAAUCAUAAUCCUCCCUCACUUUCAUAUGCUCCGGACAUACCGCAUUCCAACAAAGACUUGAAACAUUUAGAAUACAUAAAGUUCUUACCAUCACCAUUUGUUGAAAAUAGUGAUAGAAAGAUUAGUAAUUCUUCAUCUUCAACAGUCUCAGAGCUCAAUAACACCUUAAGUGAUAUGCAAGAAGAGUACAUCCGGUAUAGAACCAUAUUAGAGUUGAGAGAACAGGCCAAGAAUGCUCAAGAGAUUGAUAAUGACAAGCAAGCAAGAGAAGAAUAUGAACAAUACAUCAAGAAAAAGCUUCUGGUGCCCAUUAAGAUGUCAGACAACACGAGGAAUGUAAGUGGCCAGUCGACGUCCACCACAACGUCUUCAAACGGAAUGUCUUCAGGAUCUGAAGCAUUGAGCACGUCAUCUUGGAACUCCUUACAAAGGUCAAUUGAAAUUAGCAUUGCAGAAUUAUCUCAAAAGGAUAUAAAUAUCACUAGAAAUGAAUCUGGACAAUCUGAAAUUUCAAUCGACUAUGGAUCAUGGGAAGAUGCAAGUUCUGAGGAACAGAGCAACUAUUUGGAUGAUAUCAAUGAUGAGACUUUGAUAUUGAAAAUUGCCAGUGAUGAGCCAACCACCAAAUCUACUGAAGAAAAGGUAAUAAACGAUGAUCAGGAACAGAGUCCUAGUACUCUGACUACCAUUGAGCCUCUUACCAUACGGAAACUGAUCAAGACAGCAAUGUCACCAUCUGAUAAUGAGGAAAACAAACAAGCUGCUGUCACCAUAGACAAAUCAUUGAUUAGUGACAACGAAGGGGUAGGAAGAUCGUUCUAUUUUCCUAACAACUUGACGAACGCAACAAACGAUGAGCAGGUAAAGAAAAGGUCUGAUGGGUUUGAAGCAAAGCACAAACUGAGAAAGAGUUUUAUGUCAACUACUGGCCAAAUUGAAAUACCUAACAUCGCAGAGUUAUCCUUGAGUAAUUCAGAAGAAGAGGCUAUUGAAGAUUCUGAAAGUGAAGGCGAUGAAACCACUAAAGAACUCAAACUUAAUUUAGCUCCUGAUUCAGAUUCUCAAACCCAAUUAGAUUAUGAUUACGAUUAUUGUCAUGCUGAAUUGAAGAAUCAAAGAUCACCAAUGGGAAAGUCUGAAUCUGCUCCAUUACUAAAUCAACUAACUACAAGCUUAACACCUUCAGCAGCUCAAAGAAGACAAUCAAUGUCUCCAGCUCGACACCAAAGGAGUCGGUCAGUGUUCAACAUUAGCAACGACUUUAAUGAUUUGUAUCUCAGUCCUAAAGCAGAAUUAAUUUCCAAAGAAUCGCUGGGAAUUUCAGAUAGUCUUGCUCCACCAUGUACACCUUCUUCCACUAAAGAUGUUGAAUCUACCACUAUUAAAAGUGUUGAAUCCGAGAAAGAAAUAAGUCCACCAUCAAGGACAAUAUCUACCCCAAAGGAAUUGCCCAUAAUAGUUGCCGAGCCACCUAAAAAGGUUGAAUAUGAUGUCGAUUUCAAAGAGCUAAGUAUGGAAGGUGACGAGUUCCACUCGAAUAAAAUGUCUUCGGGUCCAUCUGUGAUGGAAAUCUAUGCCAACUUUAUCACCGAGCAACCUCACAAGAGACCAAUCACAACUACCAAGAAUUUACAGCCACCUUCUUUGAAUGAGGGGAACCGUCUGAACAAUGGGGUUACUUCUAUAUCCAGUUAUCAGAGUAGUAGAAGUUACAAGGGAACAGCAUCAUCUUACACUACUCAAGACGAUGAUGCUGAAAGUGUUGUCAUUGAUUUGACCAAGGAAAGAUACAAUGUCACUCAUAUACAAAGAAACGAUUCCAUUUUGUCAUACAAGUCUGUCACCGAGAGAACUAAGGACGGGAAGCUUGUGGAAGUGGUACUUGUUGAUGAAGAUGAUGGACCAGCAACAAAUAAGGACGAAUUGGAGAGCUUGUAUUCAAAAUACAGACACUUCAACUUUGCAGCAGGUUCAUCACAAUAUCAAGGAGACUUUGAAACAUCAUCACUUGCAUCAUUUACAAACUCUGUUAGUUCUUCUCAGAGAUUAUGUGUUAAGCGGAAAGAUAAGGUAGAGACAGCCAUCAACUUGAAAAAUGUCGGACAACAACCUAAAACAUCAUCAAAAACAAAGACACUACAGAAAGCACCUUCUUCUUCAUCUUCUACAACAAGUUCCAACAGUUCCAGAGUCAGCGUGGCCUACAAAUCCUCAAGAAUCAAGUUACCUGAGAAUAGAUUACUGGAAAGUAAAAUGGGCAGUCCUAUCUCAGUCAGUCCCAGUCCGAUCUCCGACAAGCUUAACUCCAAUAGUCCGAUCUCCGCCAAUAGUCAUAUCUCCGCCAGACACAGUCCUAUAUCCACCUCUCCAGUACUUACAAAAGAUGGAGUUUCACUAUCCACCCCAAAGAAAAAACCUUUAAACAUGACGAAGAAAAUGCAACCCAAUAGUUUGGAGUCAAACUAUUUCGAUUACACCUCCAAAGAGAAGUACGACUUUAAAAGUUUCAUGAAGGGAAGAACCAUUAUAUAA